AUGAAGAUCUCAUUUCUUAUCUCAACCUUGUACCCUGCUUUCGCAGCUGCAUUCGGAGCGGCAUGCGCUGAAGAUGAAGGAAUAUGCACUACUGCCGCCGAUUGCUGCAAAGGUUAUACCUGCAAAGCGACACCCGGAGCAACUUCCAGAUGUGUGCUAAACACAGGUUGCGUUGCAACAGGAAUGCUCUGCAAUCCCUCAACUGCAAAGUGCUGUGGCGAAUUUGCAUGCACUAGAGUUCUUGGCAAUGUGGGAAUUUGCAUGAAGCCUGUUACUGUAAAGUCGAAGGAACACUAG